AUGGUGAUUCCUUCGACACGGAUGGAUGAGUGUACAGCAUCCUCAACAGCUAUCCUGCCCGCUGCCGACCUCUACAUCGCAUAUCAGGUCUUGGCGGCAGGGCAUCUUUGCAUGGUCUUCUUCCUGCGCGUCUUCUGGCGGAAUAUCGACCGCUCCUCCGAGAUGGUCUGGUCCUUGCACGUCUACCUCAUGAUCGGCUGGGCAUACUGGCUGCUAGGUGCGACCCAUGAGCUGACCAAAUGGUGCAGCAUGCCGAGCUACACCCAGUCAGUUGCUUUAACUCUGCAUCGCUUGAAUUGCGCUUGCCUAGAGCUCGCGUUCACCUACUCGAUCCAGAAACGCCUCAAGGUUACAGAGCGGGGCAUUGGUGUGGAGCUGGGUGCGAAGCAAGUCCGGCAGAUUCGAUGGAGCUUCUUUGUCCUUCAGAUCGCUGUGGAUUUCGUGCGCAUCUACGGGCAGACCCAGACGACCCUGGUGAUUCAAGUUUUGUCUUCUGUCUAUCAUAUUGUGGCCGGAGUGGGCGUUCUGAUGACUCUGGUCGUGGCGGUGCGAGCCUUCCGUCGGGUGAAACGAGCCCUGAAGGAAGUGUCUGUUCGUGAAGAGAGUUAUGCAAGCGCUGAGCGCGACUGGUGUUUGCGGGUCUUGAAUCGAAUGAUUAUGGCCGUGUGCUUCUCCUGCAUCCUGAGCGCAGCCUCACACAUCCUCUGCCUGCCUGCCAUCUUCCUUGCUCCAGAGGAGUGGAGGCAGCUGAUUGUGCCCGGCUAUCACUUUAUGGAUGUCACGGCGGAGCUCAUUGGUCUCGUCUUCAUCGUUGGGAUCCUGAAGCCACCCGAGAAAGUCAGUUUCACCGAGCAGAGCGCCCCACGCCUCUGGGCCCUGCGCGGCAUGAGUCGGCUGACGGAGGAGCUUCCCACAACGGAGGAGAACGACAAAGUGCAGGAACUGGCACUUCGCAGCAUCAACCUUUCCGAACUGCUCGACUUCUAUGAGGGCUUGGGAUGUGAAGGCUCUCGGAUGCCACACUUUGAUCCCUGCCGGUCCACGACCCACGACGUCGUGCGCCAGGCAAUCAUUCCAGCAUCGCGGCAGGGCUCGGGUGGCAUGUCCUAUGCAGAGCUGCUGCAGCAAACUGGCCAUGCCGCCAACCGGAUGCCCGACUGUAUGGUGACGCACUCCUGGUCGAACCUCUUCCUUGACCUCGUAGCCGCUGUCGUGGCAGACGCCCUGGGUCAUGACGAGUACGACAAGGUUGCACAAUGCUUGCGGCAGGGGCAUGUGGAGACCCUGCGGCAGCAGCUGCUCACCAGGGGCACGCUGGGCAACAGCUACUGGAUUUGCUGUUUCUGUGUCAACCAACACUCCAGUAUCUGCGCUGGGCCUGGGCCGGCCCCGACGGAUGCGGCGGCCAGGGUUCGCUGGGAGCGGAACUGCCGGGACACGGUCACAGGCGAGCCCCUCACGUUCUGCGACUGCCUGGAGUCGAAGCUUGCAAAUGACGACCCGGACUGCGAGGUGAACAAGUUCGAUGCCAUGAUGCUGUGGCUUCAGUACAAGAACCCUCGCUUGAGGCAGCUCGUCGCCGUGGAUCGCAAGUUUGACGUUUUCUCCCGCAGCUGGUGCAUCGCCGAGCUUGUGGCUGCUCACGGCGCGGACAUCCCACAAAGUGUCUGCUUAGAGACCAGCAAACCUUUCGACCCCACAGCGGAAGACCUGGCCAUUUAUGAGUACCUGGUCAACCUCAGUGUCGCUAAUAGCCUCGCUUCGCGGCCGGAGGACAAAGAGAUGAUCUUGCAGAAGGUGUCCUCUGUGCGGGAGUUCGAUGCAGCUCUCCAGAUGCUGAUCUUUGGGAAUCGAGGCUUGCUGACGAAGAAGCUCACUGGCUUCGACUUGCUGGAGCCCGCGGCACGUUUCACGCGCCGGCUUUGCAAAGUCAGGACACUUCACAUGUCCUUCGCCCUCUCCGCUUCGGAUCUUCCCUUCGUGGGCAAUCUGGUGCCUUUGGCCCAGCGACUGACCGGAGCGCUGGGAGGUUGCGUGGCAGAGCUCCUUCUGACGGUGGACCCUCGGAAAAAAACUCGAGGAGCUCUUCGAGAGGAGGUUGCCAGCGACUUGGGCCGUGAGCUGCUUUCCUCGCUUCGGCGCGCGGCCGAAGUGGCGGCUGGGGUGCUGGGAACGACGGCGCGGGAGGUGCUCAUUGACUACUCUGACCACCGGGUGAUAGAUGAAGUGCUGGUCCGAGGCUACGGACUUCCCCGACGCAUUGCCCGGCGGGUGCUGCCGCACCUCUGGAAGAACGGGCCGAUGUACCUUUACAUGGCAGUGCUCUCGAGGACGGACUACCUCCUGCAUUUCGACUCGGAUGUGGUCCUGGAUCACAUCUACCCGAAGAGCACCAACAGCGCGGCCCAGUGGCUCACGGCUGCCGGCGCAUACCUGCAGAACAGCACGGAGCUACAAGGCCUUUGGUCCAUGGGCUUCGACGAUUGCAGCCAGUACCCCAAAGGGACGGUGGACCUGGUCCUGCCGCUGCUGCCCGAAAGCCGAGGGAAGGCUCGCCGAAAGGAGUUCGCCACCUUGCCGGGCCGAUGCGCGGACGCCGGCGGUGGGAAGCUGGAGCACCUUCACCAGGGAGAGUUGGACCGGGCUUCUUGCGAGGAGAUGUGUCGGCAUGCCUGGAUGCGUUGUACCGGCUACGAGUUCCAUGAGCCGACGGGCAAGGAGGCUGAAGGAAGGUGCAUCCACCUCUCGGCCAAGCAUCUUGGAUAUGAGUCAGCUGGCGGCGCCAACGUCACCUGCCAUGUCGGGCUCGGGCCCCGGAAUCCGCGGGAUCCCCGGCACCGCCCGCGCGGCACGCGAGGGCCGAUCUACCUAAGGAUGCAGAGGUAUCAGACGCGAGGACCUUUGGCCAUGCUGCGCUCGUUGCUGCUACGGGUGAGUCGCUUCAAGAUGCUUUGGCCCCUACUUCGGGUGCCUGCGGAGGUGAACGCCUCAAUUGUUCCAAUGGAGCAGUUCUCCGUGAACAUCGACACCAUCCUCGAGAUGCGGAUGCUCGAGGCUCUGCACCCGGGGGGCCUCAUCCAGCCCAUCGCUGCCUUCCUCUCCCCCGAGCGCGUCGGGGGCGCCUGCAUCCACCAUGGGGUGCUGGCCGCCAACGCACAGAUGGGACCCUCGGGGCUCCCAAGAUGA